AUGACAGGCGCUCCGCCGUACAACGCUCAGUCUCCCACACAGCGGCCCCGGUUUGCGGCCUACGAGUCCCCAACGAAGAAUCAUUCCUUCUACCCGAACAAUGACCAGUCUCAGGGACCACCACCACACCCACCCCCAUCAGCACCCGCACCCGCACCAGCACCACCAUCCUUCCCAACCCAUCCACCUCAGACACCUCCGGCUUUUGGUGCAGUAGCCGUGUCGCGGAGCCCGCGCUUCUCCCACGCGUCCUCGCCGCUACCGUCAACCCUGCCACCGCCCUUGAAUGGGGCCGCACCACCUCCACACCCAUCACUCCCAGAGACUUCAUCCCAAUACUCAUCCGGUCCAUCAGGGAGUGUCACUCCAGGGCUGCCGCUGCCCCGUCCCUUUGCAUCCACCGUCAUGGCUGGCAACGGCACUUCACCCUACGGGUCCUCCGUGGCCCCGGCUCAUUCAUCAAGCCGUCUAGAGAGCCAUUCGCAGUCGCCAACACGGGAGGCCUCCUACGGGGUCAGAGGCAAUGGCGUUGUCUACGGAUCAUCGGUGCCUAGAUCAUCAUCCCCUGCUCGAGAAACAGUAUGUCAUCCCAUCCCUCUAUUCCUCCCAUCAUCUGGGGACUCCAAUGCUCCCAACUCACACCGUGAUGGGGUUCUUUCUCGAAUGAUACUGACAACGGUUGUUUGCAACACCCAGAAGCCAGCGCGCGCCGCUGAUCCCAUGUCCUUUGCCAGCAUCCUGUCUGGGCCAACUGAAGAGCAGCCUGCUCGCAAGUCGACUCCGCCACCCGCCGCGCCGAAGCCCACCUCUCCUGCUCCGCCAAAGUCCGAACCGCGUCAACCAGAAACUGGCCCUGUGCCGGGCACGUUCGUCCAUAAAUCAGACAAGGGAGCACAUGUCGAUCGGCCCAUAGUGGAGCCGCCAAAGGGAAUCUUCACCCCCAACGGAGCGACCAUACCCGCGGCAGAGCCAGCUCCCCCAGCAUCUCGUGCAUCCCGACAAAGUCGCACCCGGUCACUCGGCGUGGAUGCAGAGCAAGUGAACCGCGCGAUGGCGGAGAUUGAAAAUGGCGAGAAGAGCGACGUGGAGGCUCCAGGCUUUGAUGAGGAAUUGCAGAUCUUCCAGGAGAAGAGCAGGAAGAGACUGAUGGAUGCCUGUCGUGCGGAACGAAUCAGUCGCAAGCGUCGUCGCACUCAUACCUUGCACGAGCUGGCCCGAUCCUUCGAAAAGCACGCCAUCCUCGGCGGGGAACGAUUCCGCGUCAGUCACGAAAGCUCGGUCGUCGCCGAGGUGCAGCAGAAGGAGAUCCAAGACGAGAAGGAACGCAAGAAGGACAUGCAACGAAAACGUCGCCGCGAGAACACCGUUCGGUUAGAAAUGCAAAAGAAACUGGAGGCCGAACGCAAGGCCGACAAGGCGCAGGAUUCGGCAGAGAAAGCCAAGUUCCUGCGCGAGGCGGAACGCGCUCAGAAAAAGAUUCGGUCCACGAAGCGUGCGCUAGAAGGUGGCAACGCUCAGGAUGAGCUCGGCGAGGUGACGCCUCUGGCUCCCAACCUCGAGGGCGGCACGACUAGCUCGUUCCACAUUGGUCGCGGGUCACCGUCGCGUCGCAAGUCUGGACGUGCCGGUCCAGUGACCCGGCCAAAGAAGUCGAAGGAGCAGAAGCAGGCUGAGAAGGAUGCCGCUGAAAAUGCUUAUCUGGCGGGGUUGGAGGAUGAAUCCGUCUUGCUUACGCCACGCGACACCAAGAAGGACGUGCGAUCCAAGGAAGCUACGCCGAUCAUUCAUCUUCACUACGAGAGCAAGGGCUACAACCAGAUCUAUGAGCAAAUCUGGCGAGAUAUCGCCCGCAAAGAUAUUCCCAAGGUGUACCGCAUCAAAACGACCUCGCUUUCCACUCGACAGGAAAACUUGCGCAAGACCGCUCAGCUGGCAAGCAAGCAGUCACGCAAGUGGCAGGAACGGACGAACAAGAGCACCAAGGAUACCCAGGCCCGGGCCAAGCGCACCAUGCGUGAAAUGAUGUCCUUCUGGAAACGCAAUGAGCGUGAAGAACGCGAUCUGCGUCGCCUGGCCGAGAAGCAAGAGCUCGAGUCGGCGAAGAAGGCCGAAGCCGAGCGUGAGGCCAACCGACAGAAGCGAAAGCUGAACUUCUUGAUCUCUCAGACGGAGCUGUACUCCCACUUCAUCGGUCGCAAGAUCAAGACCGCCGAAGCCGAAGAGAGUGGAGACGGAACGGUCGCUGGGAGUAGCGAGACCGUUCAACCUGGCAAGGUCUCGGCGCAUACCAUUGAUCUGCCCGACAGUGUCGCCAAUCAGAACGCCAAGGUCACCAACUUUGAGGAUCUCGACUUCGAUGCCGAGGAUGAGACCGUCUUGCAGCAGGCUGCCAUGGCCAAUGCUCAGAAUGCCGUGCAGCAAGCCCAAGAUCGUGCGCGUGCCUUUAACCAGCAAGGUGGUGACGAUCAAAUGGCGGCCUUUGAUGAAGGCGAGAUGAACUUCCAGAACCCGACCAGUCUGGGUGACAUUGAAAUCUCCCAGCCAACCAUGUUGACUGCGAAAUUGAAGGAGUAUCAGCUGAAGGGAUUGAACUGGCUAGUCAAUUUGUACGAACAGGGUAUCAACGGUAUCCUGGCAGACGAGAUGGGUCUCGGUAAGACGAUUCAGUCAAUCUCCGUCAUGGCUUAUCUCGCCGAGUUCCACAACAUUUGGGGUCCUUUCCUGGUGAUUGCGCCCGCCUCCACCUUGCACAACUGGCAACAAGAAAUCGCCAAGUUUGUGCCUAACCUCAAAGUUCUUCCCUACUGGGGCAACGCGAAGGACCGUAAGAUUCUCCGCAAGUUCUGGGACCGCAAGCACAUCACCUACACGCGCGAGUCCGAGUUCCAUGUGCUCGUCACCUCUUACCAGUUGGUGGUUCUUGAUGCCCAGUACUUCCAGAAGGUCAAGUGGCAAUACAUGAUUCUGGACGAAGCGCAGGCCAUCAAGUCCUCUCAGAGUUCGCGUUGGAAGAACCUGCUGGGCUUCUCAUGCCGUAACCGGCUGCUUCUGACCGGUACCCCUAUUCAAAACAACAUGCAGGAGCUUUGGGCUUUGCUCCAUUUCAUCAUGCCGACGUUGUUCGAUUCUCACGACGAGUUUAGCGAAUGGUUCUCAAAGGACAUUGAGUCUCAUGCGCAGAGUAACACCAAGCUGAACGAGGAUCAGCUGAGACGUCUUCACAUGAUCUUGAAGCCAUUCAUGCUUCGCCGUGUCAAGAAGCAUGUCCAACAAGAACUGGGUGACAAGGUCGAGAAGGAUAUCUUCUGUGAUCUCACUUAUCGCCAGCGCGCCCUCUAUGCCAACCUGCGCAACCGGGUCAGCAUCAUCGAUAUCAUUGAGAAGGCCGCCAUUGGUGACGAUACGGACAGCACCACUUUGAUGAAUUUGGUCAUGCAGUUCCGUAAGGUCUGUAAUCACCCCGAUCUUUUCGAGCGUGCCGAAACCCGAUCCCCCUUUUCCGUUGGAACCUUUGCCGAGUGCGCUUCCUUCAUUCGCGAGGGACCCUUUGUCGACGUCCGUUACUCCAUCAGGAAUCGUAUCGAGUACCCGGUGCCUCGCCUGUUGUGCAGCUCCGAGGCCCGCGUAGACAUUCCCGGCCCUGGCAAUCAGCACGCGGGAUUCCGGGGCAAGUAUUUGUUACAUUUGAUGAACAUCUGGAACACGCAAAACAUCCAUGAGAGCUCCCGUGAGGAUGGCGCUUUCUCCUUCCUGCGCUUUGUGGAUACUUCGGCGGAAGAAGCCAGUGCAUCCGGCCGUCUUGGUGUCUUUGAGCGUGCCUUGCAAGCCCGCGGUCUUCCUGACAAGCUCUCGCGCCUGAAUGUCGUUUACGACGACAAGGAAGAUGAUACCGAUCGGGCCGUGUGGGCUCACUCUAUGUUGAACAUUGUGGAGCGUAACAACCGCCGAGCCCUCAACGAGAUCACACCGGAGGGGCGUAUGCGCAACUUGCUGCAUGUUUCUCGAUCAGCGUUCGAGAACCAGGGUCUGAACUUGAUUGAACCGUGUGCUUCUCCUGCGGCCUCCGCCCCACCGAUCACGCUGUCUUGCGCGGGCCAGGGGGCUGAGCGAGAGACUCAACGCGCUUUGUUCAACCCUGUCGUUCGCUCAGCUUUAUUCGGCCACCCCAGGAGACAGCUCGAGGAGCAGCUACUGGCCAACAAGGUGGAUCCGACGCCAUACUCAGAGCCACCGAUGCUUCCGGGGCCAUUGUCACUCAAGGCACGCUACACACACAUUGAGGUGCCCUCGAUGCGACGAUUCGUGACGGAUUCCGGCAAGCUCGCCAAACUGGACGAGCUCUUGCGGGAACUCAAGGCCGGUGGGCAUCGCGUUCUGCUCUACUUCCAGAUGACACGCAUGAUCGAUUUGAUGGAAGAGUAUUUGACGUAUCGAAACUACAAGUACUGCCGGCUGGACGGUAGCACAAAAUUGGAGGAUCGUCGUGAUACAGUCGCCGAUUUCCAGUCGAAUCCGGAGAUCUUCGUUUUCCUACUCUCCACCCGCGCGGGUGGUCUCGGUAUCAACUUGACCGCGGCGGACACAGUUAUUUUCUAUGACUCCGACUGGAACCCCACAAUUGAUUCACAGGCCAUGGAUCGUGCCCAUCGUCUCGGUCAAACCCGCCAGGUCACGGUGUACCGUCUGAUCACUCGUGGCACCAUUGAAGAGCGAAUUCGCAAGCGUGCGCUGCAGAAGGAGGAGGUGCAACGCGUUGUCAUCUCCGGUGGCGCAGCUGGUGGCGUUGACUUCAACACCCGUGCCCGUGAGAACCGUACCAAGGAUAUUGCGAUGUGGCUCGCGGACGAUGAUGAGGCCGAGCUCAUUGAGCAGAAGGAGAAGGAGGCCUUGGAACGCGGCGAAGCCUUUGGUGCUCCCAAGGGCGGCAAAAAGGCGACGCAGAAGCGCAAGCGUGAGUUGACCAUGGAUGACAUGUAUCACGAAGGCGAGGGUAACUUUGACGAUGCCAGCGCCAAGCCGUCCGGUGCUGCCACUCCCAUGUCAGACAACCUUGACACUUUACCAGCCACUUCCUCCGCCAUCCCCGCCAAGCGCGGCCGUGGUCGAGGUGGAGGUAAGGCGGGUUCAUCCAAACGCGCCAAAACCGUGAAGGAACGACUCCGUCUGAUCGAUGGUGAUGGCGGUCUCGACUAG